GAGAGAGAGAGAGAUGGGUAUUUCUACCAUGCCAAAAUCCAAGGUUGCAGCAGCCAUUCUCUGCAUUUGGGUGGUCAGCAUAGCAGCAUCUGUGGACCCUUCAUCAGUGUCCACAGACACUCCAACGGCCUAUGAAGUCCUACAGGAGUAUGAUUUCCCUAAAGGACUACUCCCAAAGGGGGCAACGGGCUAUGAUCUUGAUAGAAGCACUGGCAAGUUCUCAGCCUACCUCAAUGGGAGUUGCAGCUUCAGUUUAGAAGGAUCCUACCAGCUGAAAUACAAAUCUACCAUUAAAGGUACUAUCUCAAAGGACAAGCUUACAGACCUCAGUGGUGUUAGUGUCAAGGUCCUCUUCUUCUGGGUCAACAUCAUCGAGGUUACUCGGAGCGGCAACGAGCUUGAUUUCUCUGUUGGGAUCCUCUCUGCCAGCUUCCCUAUUUCGAAUUUCCUCGAAUGCCCGCAGUGCGGCUGCGGAUUGAAUUGCCUCACUCUCCGCCGCGAUCAGGGCCCGCUAGCGGCACGCCAAGUAAGGACUAGUAGACUUGUUGAUUUCUCUUAGAAAUUGGAAUGGAAUUUGAAGUUGAGUACUAUUUUCCGGUUUGAUUGAUGAAAUUAUUAAAGUGGUAUUUAGUAUGUUUCCUCUUAGAACUGGUAAUGGAAUUUGAUGUUGAAUGUUAGUUUCUGGUUAAAUGGUAUUUAGUAGUA